UCAAGGCCGGGGCAAAGCGAAAGGUUGUUUGGAUCACUCGGUGUGGUGGUAAAAUGUCGCAACCAAAAGAAGAAAAGGCGGCGAAAAUCCCUAAGGGGAUAAAGUUCCUGUUCGGGGGUGGAGCUGGAAUGGCAGCAACAAUUUUUGUUCAACCCCUGGACUUGGUGAAAAACCGAAUGCAGUUGAGUGGUGAAGGCGGGAAAUCGAAGGAACAUAAAACCAGUCUGCAUGCCAUUCGGAGUAUUAUGAAGAACGAAGGUUUAAGAGGAAUGUACACAGGAUUGUCCGCUGGUCUCCUGCGACAAGCCACCUACACGACAACUCGACUCGGGAUCUACACAACCUUGUUCGAGAUGUUUUCAAAGGACGACAAGCCACCUAACUUCAUGAUGAAGGCUGGUAUCGGGAUAACGGCCGGGGCGAUUGGAGCGUUUGUGGGAACACCGGCCGAAAUUUCUCUGAUACGAAUGACGGCGGAUGGGAGACUCCCGGUUAAUGAAAGAAGAGGUUAUAAAAAUGUGUUCAAUGCUUUGUCCCGGAUAGUUCAGGAAGAAGGAGUUCUAACAUUGUGGAGGGGUUGUAUUCCUACAGUGGGCCGAGCGAUGGUCGUCAAUGCUGCACAGCUGGCAUCUUACUCACAAGCCAAACAGUUGCUUUGUGACACAGGCUAUUUUCACGAUGGUUUGGUUCUACAUUUCUGUGCCAGUAUGAUCAGUGGUUUGAUAACAACAGCUGCUUCCAUGCCGGUCGAUAUAGCUAAAACUAGGAUACAGAACAUGAGGAUCAUUGAUGGAAAACCAGAAUAUUCUGGAGCCUUUGACGUGCUGUCGAAGACGAUACGGAAGGAAGGUUUCUUCAGUCUGUGGAAAGGCUUCACGCCAUACUACGCGAGACUAGGACCGCACACCGUCCUCACAUUCAUCUUCCUAGAACAGCUGAACAACUUCUACAAUGUUUACGUUCUACACAAUGAAAACGCAGCCAGUGGAUUGUAGAAAAAGAAAGAAAACACUAAACUAUUGUGCUCUUUACAGUAUUUCUGUAAAUGUUGUGUUAGUAUAUGUCGGGUAACAAUUAUUAGUACGGCUGUUAAGAAUUGAGAAUUUUCAUAAAACAUGUGAUCAGUUAUGCCAAAAUAACUAAGGCAACCCAUUUCAUUUUGUUUAACAAGGGGCAUUAGUAAGGCUGGUAAGAAUUGAAAAUUUGCAUAAAACAUUAGUUAGGCCAGUAUUUUUUAAUUUUUAGGUUUACGAACAAGAACUUUUGUGCAUAAAGGUAGGAGGAAGGAAACAAAACAAAAAAAACCUGUUUGGGGUGUAUCAGUAGGGGUGAUUUUUUUCUAAUAUGACUACUUUGAUAGAUGUGGAUUCUUUGUAAGAAAAUAAGAUUGACAAGGCACCUCUAAGCGCCCACAUUUCAAGCUCCUGAACAUUUCCUCUGGUAGUCUCGGAGGGCACAGUGCUGUACAUUAUGUACAAUCUGCAUCUGUGCAUUUCAAUAGACUAGAAUGGUAACUUAGUUUUUUCUUUGUUGGGGGCCGAGGGGGGAGGUGGGGUCUUUUAUGCCUCUCCUGCACCCACUAUUCUUGAAAGGUAUACAUUAGAAAUGUAGAUUUUUGUAAAGAAUAUUUUUGAUUCACAUUUAUUUUGUUUGUUGUUGGUAUUAACACACACACACACACACACACACGGUAUAUGGUUUGUAUGCUCAUGAAAUGUUGAUAACUGAACAUGGAGUGCAAUUUGAUAUCAUCUUAAAUAAGUAUUUUGCGAUAGGUUGGGGUACAUUUUGAUAUCAUAUUAAAUAAGUAUUUUGUGACAGAUUUUGAGUAUAGUUUGAUAUGUUAAAUAAGUAUUUUGUUACAGGUAUGAGGAUAUUUUGAUAUCAUCUUAAAUAAGUAUUUUGUGACAGAUUUUGGGUAUAGUUUGAUAUAUUAAAUAAGUAUUUUGUGACAGGUAUGAGGAUAUUUUGAUAUCAUCUUAAAUAAAGUAUUUUGUGAAAGUUGGGGGACAUUUUGAUAUCAUCUUAAAUAAGUAUUUCUGACAGGUUUGGGGACAUUUUGGUAUCAUCUUUAGUGAGAAAAUAAAGAUAUUGCAGUAUUUAACCUAAUGAUAAAGGUACUACUUUUGAAUAUCUCUGUACAGUUUGUGUUGCUACACGUAAUUCUAAUCUUUUUACAAAUAUAUUUUAGAUUUGCUGGCAAAUGGUGUCAUUUGAAUUAAAUAUGUGACAAACUGAAAUAUUUCAUGGGGUGGGCCAGGAGAUGGUGUCAUUUGAAUUAAAUAUGUGACAAACUGAAAUAUUUCAUGGGGUGGGUCAGGAGUGGGUGGGUGGGGGGGGGGGGGGGGGGGGCAGUAAAAACAACUGAAUCAGGACACGGCCUGCCAACUUAGUUUGCUUGCCAGGGUCAAAAAACUGCGACCAAAUUAUGAUUGUAAUUAAAACACCAGUUUGAUCAUAUAUCUCAAAUAUUAACAUGAUGGAUUCUGGGAUACCGCAGUAUUUCAAUUUGACACUGACCUAGUUACACCCAGUAUCUUAAGAUCAUAACCAAUUAUUUAAUUGUAUUAAAAAGUGUGCAAAUAGUGUAAAAUUAUACCAAAAGAAUGGUAUGUACUUAACACGGUUGUUGAAUCAUCAAAACAUAGAAAC